AAUUAACAAAUUUUUAAAAUUUUAUUUUUUCUAUCGAAAUAUUAUUUGAUAUAUUUGGAUUUAGUUUCUUUAAAAAUAUAUUUCGAACUCAAAUUAGAAAAAAAAAUUCCUCCCAAGAAUGGCGCUGAAGUGCAGAAGAGGAGGAUCUAAGAUGGAGGCCGGCAGCUGUAGUUCAAUAACCUGUCAUAGGAAUACGUGAGAAUGUAUUGUGUGUUUUAAUCAAACAAAACUGAUUAUAAACAUGGGUGAAACAAGCGAUAUUAGUGUUAAAUAUCAGAAACUAGCAGCGGAAUAUUCAAAGUUAAGAGCUCAAGUCUCGGUAUUAAAGAAAGCAAUUUCUGAAGAACAAAGUAGAAGUAGUGAAUUGAAGGAAGCACUCAAGGAAAAGGAUCAAACAGUGAGAAAAUUAGAGCAAGAAGUAGAAUGCUUAAAUUUUAGAAAUGUGCAACUAAUGAAACGAGUUUCUGUCUUACAAAGUGAAUUUGAAGGAAUUUCUGAUAAAUCAUCAAAAAACAAACAUAAGGUAGUUGUACCUUCUUUAGAUGAAGAUGUAUUAAAUUUAGAACUUAGAAAUAAAAUAGAAGAAAAUGAAAAACUCUAUAUACAGGUGACUUCAGCAGAAAUUGAACAUAAAAGAAUUGUAGACGAUUUAAGUUCACAAUUAGAAGAAAUCAGGGCAGAAAGAUUAAAAGAAACAAGAGAGUUAAAUGAAACUAUUGCUAAAUAUAAAACAAAAAUUGAUAGAUUGACCAAAGAAAGAGCAAAAUUAGAGGUAGAAUUAAAGAAUUAUGAAAAAGAAGUUAAAGAAAUUAGAAUACAGGAAGAAACAUGUCAAGAAGAUCUUAAAAUUGUGGAGACUGAUUUACGAAAGAAAAAGGAAAGUGCUGAACAAAUUAUAAAACAAAAAUUACCAUUUAUUGAUACAAAAAUUACUACUGUUAAUAGCACAAAUAUACCAAUUGUUUCACAGAAACAAUGUUGCAAGCUAUCUAAAGUUCUAAAAGAAAUGUCCUUUCUUGUAACUGAUGCAAUUCGCUUCCUAUGUGAACUUCAUAAAAAUAUAGAAGGAAGAAUAAAAUUAGUUGAUCGUGAUUUAUUGAACAAUGGAUUAUUAAAUAAGUUUGAAAAUCAUUUAAAGGAAGGUUCAAUACAUUUACAAAAUAUAGAUAAAGAAUACCAAAAAUUUACAAAAACAAUAUUAGAUGAACAACUGUUUCUGAUCAAAGGAACAAGUUUAUCUGAUGUUUCACUAUCAUUUUCAGUUUAUGUAAGUUAUUUAGAAAAAUUAUUGCCAUAUUUUCUACUUAGUUUAAAUAGUGAAAGCAAAACUAAAGGGAGCAUACUAAAAUUGGAAGAAAUACAUGAAAAACUGUAUGAUUUAACUAUGAAAUUAAUAUCAUGUUUUAAUAGCUUAAAAAAUUCUCUUCAGCUUUUUGUUGAAAUGGAGAGUACAGAACAUUAUUGCAAUUCUCCUUAUCUUAUUAGGAGAAUAUUCAACAUUUUGUGCAAUCUACAAUCACUUUUUGAAGAAAUGAAAAAAAUAUUUAGUGCAAAAAUAAUGACAGAACAACACUUACCAAUUGUGACAUCAGAAAUCAAAGCAUCGGAUUCUUUAGUAUUAACAUCUAUGAUAUCUGUAAUCAAUGCCCUUAAAAAGAUUACUCAAAAGACAACUGAAAAUAUGGAAAUUCUUUCUAAUGGAAUUCCAUGUAAGGCAAGAGGCUAUUUAGAUACCAUAAAUAGUAAUAGUGGUAAAAUGCAGUACAAGCCAGUUGUAUUAGACUUGCGGCAGCGUGGAGUAAAGUUUAUGGAAAUCUUGCAAGAGGAUGAGAAAAGCACAAUACCAUAUGAAACAGCACUUAAGAAUAGAGAUAUAUUAACAACAUAUGCUGAUAAUAAAGACGAGCUAAUGAAAAAACUUUCUACAACAAAUGAGAAACUGAAAAAGACAGAACAAGAAAAAGAACAUUGGAUGCUAGAAUAUCAACUGUUGCAAAUGAAGCAAGGAAAAAUGGUUGACGGGAUUGAUAACACAACGGACAACAAAGACAUCCAUCAUUUGUUUAAGGCGAAGAAGGACCAACUGUUAGGCGAAUUACAAAUAGCUGAUAGUAAAGCCGUUGCUUUUUAUACGGAAAAUAUAUUUCUAAAUCAAAAACUCAAUUUAGCUAAACAGUCUUAUCAGAAACUGGAGAAAGAUUAUGCAGAUUGUCAAUAUAAUCUCUCUCAGUUACAGGACGAGUUAAAAACAAGAGUUACCAUGUAUGAAAAUCAGUUGAGCACAAUGAGUGACCACUUAGCAGAACUAAAUGAAAAAAUAACAGAACAGAGUGAAGAGCUUGAAAUUAUGAAAUAUACAGGAGGAAAGAAAACAAAAAAAUAAACAUUCAUAAUAUAUUAAAUUCAUUGUUAUAUAUUAUGGGACCAAAUUUGUACAUUUUGAAGGUCAAGUUUGAGAUACCAGUCUAGUCACAAUAGUAUUGUAAUUCUACACAAACAGGGAGGCAAGCCUUGCAUUUUAAAAUUUGAUCAAUAUAAUUUUGUUAUAUUUUUGUUUAAAUUAUUAAUCUGCAAGCAUAUUUGUUUUUAUAAUUACGUGGAUUGACGGAAAGGACAGAUGCCUCAUCAAAAUUUUAUUUCUUGAAGAUUCAUAACAAAUUGAUGUACCACCAGAGUUUUGGAAGAUUAAGAAUUGUUACAAUCUAUUGUGUAAUAUUUAUAUAUAAAUAAAGAUGAAAUCUUUCCAGGUAA